UGACAUUGCCGUUGGACUAGGGACACAGAGAAGUUGAAUGCGCUAUUUUGUAAGGGUGUUACAGUUUGGCUACAACACAGACCUUUUACCCUAGCCAUAUAAUCAUAUAACUGCUUUAGCGUUAACCUCCCAGGGAAGAACAAAACUGGCAGAUAUUCGAAGUUCCUGCUUGACAGCCACAAACGCUUUGCCUUUAAAAGGAUUUAUUUAUCGUACUGGAGAGGAAGGGUCUCGAUUCUCACCAUGUCCAGAGUCGCGGAUCUGUCGAAAAUUCGACAAGAGAGAAUGAGAGAUAUUAAUUUACGGAAUAAGGAGAAGGAGCGCAUGAGGGAGAGGGAGAAGGAGGCGCGGGACAGGGAGGCGCGCUACAGCAAUGGGCAUCUCUUCACCUCCCUCACCGUGUCGGGGACCACCCUUUGUUCAGCAUGCAACAAGAGCAUCACUGCCAAGGAGGCCCUCAGCUGCCCCACCUGCAGUGUAACCAUCCACAACCGCUGUCGAGACACGUUGCCAAACUGUGCCAAAAUGAAACAGAGGCAACAGAAGAUGGCUCUCAUGAGGAACAACUCAGCUCUGCAGAACGUGACCCUUCGUACCAAAACCCCCAUGAUGAGGGAACGCCCCAGCUCCGCCAUACUCCACUCUGACAAUCUCCGCCAAUCGCUGCUGGGCUCGCGCCGCGGACGCUCCGGCCUUUCCCUCUCCAAGAGCGUCUCCACCAAUAACAUUGCAGGGAACCUGAAUGAUGACUCUCCCUUGGGGCUGCGCAGGAUCCUGUCCCAGUCCACAGACUCGCUCAACUUCAGGAACAGAGCCAUGUCCAUGGAGUCGCUCAACGACGAGGGAGAAGUGUACUACGCCUCCAUGCUGGAGGAAAUGGAGAUUGAGGGGCGGGAUUUUGAGGCGGACUCAUGGAGCAUGGCGGUGGACUCGGGCUACCUGCAGACGCAUCGCAAAGACAUCAUCAAGAGGCAGGACGUCAUCUAUGAGCUGAUCCAGACAGAGCUGCACCACGUGCGGACGCUUCGCAUUAUGGAGCGAGUGUUCCGCCAGGGCAUGCUGGAGGAGGUGCAGCUGGAGCCGGGCGUGGUGCACGCCAUCUUCCCCUGCCUGGACCGCCUCACUGGCAUCCAUGUCCGCUUCUUGGCACAGCUGCUCACACGGCGCAACCACAGCCUGCAGACUGGCAGCACCUACAACUUCACUAUCCAUCAGCUGGGAGAUGUGCUGCUGGAACAGUUCUCGGGCCAGUGUGCUGACGAGAUGAGAAAGACCUACGCUGAGUUCUGCAGCCGCCACCUGAAGGCUGUCAAGCUGUACAAGGAGCUGCUGGCUAGAGACAAGAGGUUCCAGUACUUCAUACGGCGGGUGUGUCGGGGUCACCUGUUGCGUCGCCAUGGCGUCCAGGAGUGCAUCCUGUUGGUCACUCAACGCAUCACCAAGUACCCUGUCCUCAUCCAGCGUAUCCUUGACAACACCAAGGACAAUGAAGAGGAGGCCUCCUGUCUGACCCAGUCUCUGACCCAGAUCAGGGAGCUACUCAGCUCAGUGGACCAGCAGGUGAUGGAGCUGGAGCGGACUCAUCGGCUGCAGGAGAUCCGGGCCAGGCUGGACCCACGGGUCGAGGCCAAGGUGAGGGACGGGGGCCUGUUCAGGGGAGGAGAGUUGCUCCGCAGGAGACUCAUCCAUGAGGGAACGCUGCUCUGGAAGACCGCUGGGUCCAGGCUCAAAGAUGUGCAGGUCCUGCUGAUGACCGACAUCCUAGUGUUCCUACAGGAAAAAGACCAGAGGUUCAUCUUCCCUUGUCUAGACAAGUCUCCGGUCCUCUCCCUGCAGAACCUCAUGAUUAGGGAGAUAGCCAAUCAGGAACGAGGGCUCUUCCUCAUCAGUGACUCCUCCCCUCCGGAGAUGUACGAGGUCCAUGCUGCCUCAAAAGAUGACAAGAACACCUGGAUACGCAUCAUACAGCACACUGUCAGCAGUUGUCCUUCCAGGGAAGAGUUCCCACUCAUAGAGACUGAAGACAAGGCCCUUCUGAGACGACUGAAAGCGGACAUCCAGCAGAAGGACCGGGAGGUGCUGGAGCUGCUCCAGGAGCGGGUCACCUUGUUCUCGGACCUGGCUGAGGUGACGGGGGGUCAGGAGGUCAUGCUACCGGGGGGCCCCAACUCCCGGAACCUGUUCCGGGCCGAAACGCCCCAUGCGCCACUCGGCGAGAGAUUGCUCACUGAUGCCAUCGCAGAGGUGGAUAGGCUGAGUGAGCUACUACUGGGCUCCACCUUUGAAAUGCCUCUGGCCUGCAGUUUCAACGGUCACCCGAACCACACAGGGGCGCUAGUGAUCAACGGUCAGGAGGUGGUUGUCAAUGGAACGCACGGGUCCCCAGCAGCAAAGGACCGGAAUGGGAAUCAGGCUGGAGAUAGGCCCUCAACUGAGGAAGCGUAUCAGAGGCUGGUCAACCUUAGUGCCUACCUUCAUGCCCUCCAGGGCACCGUGAUCAAGCAGGACUCCAUCCUGGAGCUCUGCCUGCGCUCUGAAGGCCCACCAGUCGAAGCCCCGACCACACCCACCGGACGGGUCUGGCGCUCCCUAUCACGUGACGCGGGCAUGGCUGAGGCCAGCACGGGGGCGGCCAUCGGGGAGCUGGCCCUGCUCCAGAGGCAGCACAGCCUCCUGCAGGAGGAGCUCAGUAGGCUGCGGGGUACCGAGGGCCGCCUGAGGGAUAGCGAAAAGGCCCGCGCCCAGCUGGAGAGGCAGGUCCGCGACAUGAAGGCCCACAGUGCCACCAUGAUGGACAGUGUGGGAACUGCAGGCUCAGAGCAGGCUCCACCCCUUCGCAGAGCAAGUGAAAACAACGCAGACACCCAAUUGGCCAGCCAGGAGUCAAUCGAUCAUUCGGAAGGGCAUCAUGAUGGCAGUGACCUGGAUGUGGAGGUGACGUCAGAUGAGGAGGAGGAGGAGGCCAAAACAUCACCGCGCUCGGAGAGUCCUCAUGAUCUUCAGGACAUUCCAGAGGAGAGCGAAGCCACAGCAGAACCACCACGAGAGCCUGACGUGUCACACUGCUCCCCUACUCUCAAAAAUAAGCCAAAGAGAACAACAGAACUGAACUUGAAAUAGUCUUCCUCUUUUUACACUUAAAAGGAAGUAUCAUAUUAUAUUAAUUUUCAAAUAUAUAUAUAUAUUUGU